UUUUUUCUAAUAUUUUGCUUUUGGCAAUAGUUUGUAAGCGUAAAAAAGGAAAAAAAUUGGGGCUUUCCGAAUAAACCACUUUUUAAACGACAGUUGGGUUCACUUCUGUUGGCGCCAACCAGAUAAAACUUCUCUGAGUCAUUUCAUCGAACACAUAGUGAGCACAUAGCAAACGCACAGAAAUGAACAGAGGGAGCAGAGAAAUCGAACGAAAAAUCCUCCGCCAUCUCCAUGAUCGAAGAAACCGAAAACAUCUCAUCGAAAUUCACGCCCAUUUUCUCCGCCAUGAACUCCACCAAUCAAAUCAAGUUCUCUCUCAUUUCGUCUCCGUUUGUAGGUCCCACGGAAAAAUACGGUAUGCUGAGCUUGUAUUUCAGCAAGCCCAAUUUCCUGAUCUUAUCCUUUUUAAUUCCAUGAUUAAGGGUUAUUCUGUUUCUGGGCCUUUUCAGAAAUCAUUAUCUUUAUUUUCCCUUAUGAAAAAUAGUGGGGUUUUACCCAAUGAAUUUACAUUUGCGCCUUUAAUUAAGUCUUGUUGUAAUAUCUGUGAUUCAAGGGUUGGAAAAUGUGUUCAUAGCGAAACGAUAAAGGUGGGGCUUGAGCGUUGUAGUUCUUUGAGAAUUGGGAUUGUGGAGUUUUAUGCGAGUUGUGAGAAGAUGGAGGAUGCAAAGAAGGUGUUUGAUGAAAUGUCUCACAAAGAUGUGAUAGUAUGGAAUUUGAUGAUUCGUGGGUUUUGCAAGAAGGGAGAUGUUGAUAUGGGUUUGAUUUUGUUUAGGCAGAUGAGAGAAAGGAGCAUUGUGUCGUGGAAUUCGAUGAUAGCUUCGUUGGCAAAGUGUGGGAGGGAUAGGGAGGCCUUGGAACUGUUUAAUCAAAUGCAAAUUGAUGGUUGUUUUGAGCCAGAUGAGGCUACUGUGGUCACUGUGCUACCUGUAUGUGGUCGUAUGGGUGCUUUUGAUGUUGGGAAUCGUCUGCACUCAUAUACUCAAUCUAGUGGACUUUUUAGAGAUUUCAUCACAGUGGGUAACUCAAUAGUGAAUUUCUAUUGCAAAUGUGGAGAUUUGGAAACGGCUCACCAAGUCUUCAGUGAAAUGCCUAGGAAAAAUGUGAUUUCCUGGAACACCCUGAUCUCAGGUCUUGCUUUUAAUGGGAAAGGUGAGCUUGGGGUUGAUUUGUUUGAAGAAAUGCUAAGUAGAGGUACAAAGCCUAACGAUUCAAGCUAUGUAGGGGUUUUAACCUGUUGUGUCCAUGCAGGGUUGUUACAGAAAGGUCGGCACUUUUUUUCAUCGAUGAUGGCCCAACACAAAAUUCUUCCCAAGCUUGAGCAUUAUGGAUGUAUGGUAGACCUACUUGGCCGAAGUGGAUGUCUGAGUGAGGCAUAUGACCUGGUAAAAGAUAUGCCUAUGAGGCCAAAUGCGGUGUUGUGGGGUUCCCUGCUUAGUGCUUCACGGAAUAUUGGUGAUGUUCAACUUGCAGAACAUGCUCUUAAAGAGCUAAUCCAUCUCGAGCCAUGGAAUUCUGGUAACUACGUACAAUUAUCCAAUAUCUAUGCAGAAGAAGGAAGAUGGAGUGAAGUUGAUAAGUUAAGAGAAUUAAUGAAGGGAAGAAGUGUCAGAAAGUCCAUUGGGCUCAGCUUGGUUAGAUUAUGAUCAACAGUCUAGUUUGGUAGUGGAGCCUCAGGCAUCAGGCAUGUUUGUCUAUGGCGUAAGAAGUUGCUUGGGGAGAACGUAUCAUUCAAUCAUCAGACAUGAGGAUAUUCAUUGGGCUGGUUUUCUCAAUUGAAUUACGCAGCUGAUAGACUUAGCAUCUUAGGGGGACGAAUAUAGACCUGAGGAUCUUGGUAUUUUUUCUGGGGAGACCCACCAACUUCUUCAAGGGAGUUACAAUUUGAUGAUUAGGCUCUUUAUUAUAGCUCAAGUAUCUGCAUUAUAUACUUCUCUCUCCGAAUGGGUAUGGACACUUUGACACUUCAAUCUUCCUAAAACAAGAAAGUUCAACACUUUACUACUUAUAUACACAUAUAUAACGAAAUGUACUUUCUUGUCCCCACGUCAUAUUUUAACUUCUGUGAGAAGAUGUGAUUUAUGAAUAUUAGAACAUAAUAAAGAACUUUUGUUUGCAUUGCAUGGAGACUAUAGCUUUGCCCCUUCUAUCAUAUUGGAGUUGCAACUCUAAACUUGCUCUGUGGGGGAUUGAAGGGGUCAGGGAGCAGGAGUUGAAGCACAAUGUCUUUUUUGGGAUUCUGUAAUUCAAUCAUGAGUCACGAGAAGGGGAUAAGCUAUUUGGUAGGUGCCACGUUAUCGUGUGGUCUGCUUUCGGUGAGAGUUACCUGCUUUGUUGAAAUUCAGAGAAAUUGGGUUGCUCAAUGUUCUCUUCAGGAUUUAUAAUCUGUUAAAAAUAUAUUAUCUUUAAUUUGGCAAGUGUUUGGUGAGCAUCAUUAAUCUCGUCGAGUUAAUAUCACUAUUAACACAAAGUUCUCAUUGUAGUAAAUAUUACUAUUAUAUUACACAUGGUGGGCAAUAUGGCUUGAUGCUCAAAGUAUGUAUAUGUUCAUGGAGGCUUCUCUCAUUCAUUUAGUUGCAAAUAUAAAGAAGCCAACCUAUUCAAGUCUUAAUAUUUCUAAUUAAUUGUUGACCUCUUGUCAGACAGGACAUCAUAGAGCUUCUCUGAUCAUGAGAAUUAGCAUUGAAGAAAUGAAAAUUAAGGUGAACAAGUUGUUUGGUGGAGGAGGUAGACUUGCGCUGCUCCAUUCUUCUUGCAAAUAGCCUUGCAUGUAUUCUUCUACAUUGAAGUUGGCUGCACAAAAUAUUCCAAGACACCACAAAUCAUGAUUUCACUUCUUAUACUGUGAGGAAAGGGAAUGUAAGCUUUGUACCUCUUCUAUGCGUAUGGCCACAAGCUGCUUGAAGUGUUGAUCGUAUGUCAUUAAUUGUGGCCUUGUUGUAGAAUACAAAGGUGGAUAGAGAAUGCUCAACACAGUCAAGGACGAAGUGUGUUUCUGCCAAACAAGGACCAUAGCAGAACUGAUCUGUUGCAGCAGGAGGUAUGUUGAGAAGUGACGACGAGAACAGCAUAAACAAGCGCACAUCUUUCCAUUACAGAAGGUCUCGAGGAACGGAAUGUGAAGCAUACAAGACCGAGGGACUUCCUUCAGAUAGAUUUUAACAAGCAAUGUAUCUUAAGUGGAAGUAUCUUGACAUGGGCAAUAUGCCAAUUUAUAAGAAGUGAAACAUCUGAGCUGUUUUUGUCAUUGCAUUUGGUCAAAAACUAUUGGUUUAUAGUAUUACUUCUAGUUACCAUCUGUUUUUUUCUGCAGUCAUGUUUUCUGGUAGGAAAAAAUAAUCAAUUUAUGAGCUCCAUUUUCUUAACUGACAAUGGAAAAAAAAACUGAAUCUCCCCAUAAAUAGUAAGUACUUGUGUAAGAAUGUAUACUUGUAUUAGUGGGGAGUAUUAAUUUUAUUGUGUUUGUAAGUUUGAUGUUGUAGUUGAGAACAUACAAACAAAAGAAAGAAGGCAGUUAGACUAACCCAACUACUUUAUUUUAAAUCUUACUACCUGUUUGUUUGA